CCAGUAUCAGAGGAGGGACAAGGAGAAGAGAGGCAGAAGGUCUGGAGAACAUUGGCAGCACUAAUUCAAGCCAACUGUCCUUCUCAAGAGGGUCUGGUGUGAUAACUCCAAAAUGUUGAAGGUUCUGGGAAUUCUAGUUUUCUGUGGCCUGCUGAGCACCACUUCAGGAGCAGUUCCCGGGAUUCGGUCUGCUUUAAAUGAUGUCAAAAUGGCUAAAGUUGUUACAGAUACUUUGACCAAAAAUGGCCUUCUAGAGAAUAACCUGAAAAACCUUGGGCUUUCCGACAUCCCUCUUGGAGGACUCCUUGGUUUACUUGGCAACAUUGUUGGGCUCAAACCCGAUAAAGCUGUCAUCACUGGUUCUGUGGUGGUCCUCCUUAAUGAGAAAGCAGAAGUGCAUUUGUCUGUUCGCCUGGACAUCUCCGGCAAUGCAAUCCUUCCACUUUCCAGUAUAAUCACUAUUUCAGUUGAUGCGAAUGUUAAAUUUGCAGUAGAAAUAAAAAACUUUUCUGAUGGGAAAUUCGAUUUUGUAAUUUCUGCUUGUGAGGUCACACUUGGAGCCAUUGAUGUCAAACUCUUGGGUGGUUUGCUUACAUUACCGCAGAUAUCAACAAUCCAGAAAUCUCUUACGGCAGAUUUACUAAAACAAACAUGUGCCAUCGUGAAUAAUGUCUAUGCUGCAGCGCACCAGAUAUUGCUGAACUCUUUAAAUGUGGCUCUUCCCCUGGGCAACUAUGGAAAUCUGAAGUUUCAGUUGGCGGCCUUGCCUUCAAUAACACCCACUUAUGUUGGAAUAGAUUUAAUUGUUGCCUUCCAAUAUGCAGCAUCAGGCGUCAAUGUCUCCAUUCCCGACACAGCUGUUUCUAUUGCCGUGCCUUCUCUGGACAACAAUGGUUUCUGCCUGUCCAUCAGUCCAGCUGCAAUGAAUAUUCUACUGUAUGUCGUGACCCCCAAAGUGCCUCUGGAACUGAUCAAUAGCCUAACAACAUUCUCUAAAGCUGAGGAACUGAAGAACACUCUUCUGGCUCUGGUUCCACCUGGGGUUCUUCCAGAUCUCCCCACGAGUGAUCUCUCCCUUAAGAUUACCAUUGGAGCAAGCCCUGUCAUUGCCUUCGACACUACUGGUGGCAAUGUGACUCUCAUUGCUGACGUUGAGAUCUUGAGCAAGAAGGCAGAUGGAUCUAAAGUUUCUGUAGUUGCCGUGAGAUGUCGUAUUUCCUUGAAAGCUACGAUCUCUCUGGUCAAUGGUAAACUGAUCCUAGGCCUCUCACUCUCGAAGAACAUGUUCACACUGGUAUCUUCAGGCGCUGGCAUCACAGAUAUUAGCAGUCUUCUCGGCCCCAUCAAUGGCUUAGUGAAUGAAGUCAUUUUGCCUGUUUUGAAUGGACCUCUUUCUAAUGGACUACCUCUGCCUACAAUGCUAGGCAUUCCCCUGCUGAAUGCGACCAUCAAAACAGUUGUGAACGCCCUUGUGAUUUGCCUGUAAAAGCAGAGGACAGUCAAGCGGAAGCAUCUCCGCACAAAACGCCAGCCAGCAAAGGAUGCAAAGCUCUUCUAUGAAUAUUUUUGUUUUAUUGAUCUAAUAUGAUUCUAGCUGAUUCAAUCUCAUGCAAUGAUCAUGUAAUGCUUUCAAUAAACGCAUUGGCUUUUGCUAGCAACUUACAA